AUAUUCCCUGUCUUACCUUAACAGCACAUGUUAAUUUAUCAUUCAUAGCUAUACCCCACACCUCUUUAUCCCAUUCUUCCAUUUUAUAUGCUGCUUGCCCCAUUCACUUCCUAGCUAGAAUAAUUUUUGUCAGUAAAUUUGUGAGUCCUUCAUACCCCGUGAACCUGCUGCCCCACUGGGGUGGAAAAUUCUAGAAAUUUGGAUUCUAUGGGCCACACUAAACAGGCUGAGCCUUCGGUGACUGGGUGUAGCAGAGGUGCAUGUAUAAAAUCUACUUUUCACAGCCCCAGAGUCAGAGGAAGUGGGAGAAAGGCUAUGAAUAAGACAAGACGUGUGACGGCGGUCAAGAGCUGUUGGCCACAGGCCAGACCACAAGCAUUUACAACAUGCUUUGCAUCAAAUAAGCUGACAUUUGGGGGGGUGAAGAGGGUGGAGGACUUGCUUACAGACUUGUGUAUAUAUAUAUAUAGAUAUAAAAUCACAUUGUCAGAGGCAAAUGUUUGAAGCUUUCUUAUUCCAGGAACUUAGGCUGGGUACAGAUUUAUACCUUCAAAUCACAUUUGAAGAACAUUCCUUCCAAGAAUUCAGGGCGCUGUAAUUUGCUAAGGGUUUCCUCAGGUUUGUGACUCUGUGAGAGGGGAAGGGAAUAAUUUGAGGCAGAUUGUCCGGGAUUUCUCAGUCAGGGACAUGCAAGCCAUGGUUAAUGGGAAGAGAGGAAUGAAAUGAGAAGUGAAAUUAGGAAGUGGAGAAAGAUUGCCAGCCUUGCCUCUUUUCCCGUGAAAAAGGCAUUGGCUUCAAGGACACUUUUUUCAAGCCCUCCCUCUGCUUCUCCUCCACGUCACCACUUCUUGCUCUUUACGUGUCACAGAGCUGCCCCCAAAAAAACCUGUUUCCAAAAAUAAGCACAAAAGAGAAAGCGAGGACCACAAGCCAGCAUGAGGACUGUUUCAUCCUGUGCAAAAUAGCUGCGCCUCCAUCCGGUGUGCCGCUGUGUGUAUUGUGCUUGAUAACUGUAAAUGAGUGUUUGUGUUUUUCAAAGAUCUUUUGUCAUCCCCCAUUGACUUUAAAAAGCCCCAACUUCCCUAUGUUCCCUAUGGUAGGUGCUAACGUGCUCAGCAUUUUAUCAGUUACCCAAUUUCUCUCAGCUUCCACAUUUGCAUUUGAGAGUGGCCAUGACAGCUUCUGCAGAGCUGCUCAGUGCUGCAAGGCAUGCUGGGAACUCUUCUUGAGGCCACGCUGGUGGUCAGCCCCGUUUGACACCAGUGGCGCACCCAGAAUGCUCAGCAACGCCACUGUGUUUCUUCUCAGUGUGUUUGGAAAGAAGAUUACUGUUGCAGAUGCAUCAGCUCAGUGUUGCUGCUGAAGCCGCUUCUUCUAAACUCAGACUUUGAAGCAUGAAGCAAAUUGGCCAUCUCUUUGUCCUCCUGGCCUCAUUUUCGGCUCCUUCCUGGAUGACGGCCCUUGCAGAUACUGUGACUGCACAUCCAUCAGGCCUUUGGCUGUCUCUUUCACCUCCACACAACACUUUUGCUCGAGGAGAAUUGGCUUCAUUAAUAUGCUCCCUCCCAGAAGGACAGAGGGCAACGGGGUUCUAUUUCUAUGCAAAGAGAGGAGGUGUACUAGUCAUGUAUGGACAACAGGCGGAAAAUAUCUUGGAGGUUUCCACAAAAUACCUGGAAACAAACAAAACAUUUGUCUGUGCUUACCUGGGGGGAAAGAGUUCAGGAGGACUCUUCCUGUCUUCGCUGAGUAACGAGGUUGUGCUGUCCAUCACUGACCUUCCUCGUGCUCCAGUUUUCUCUGUUUCUCCAAAGAAGGAUGUCUAUACAAGUGGGGAAUCUGUGGAACUCAAGUGCUCAUCUUCUGAAACCCGUAAUUUAUCAAGGACCCAGUUUUUCAGGGACCAUCAGGAUCUGCAUUCAGUCAAGCCCUCCUCUCCCUCCUCUCUGAACAACGUCACACACACCCUACGCCUUGCUAUUCAAGAUGAUGGAGAUUACUCCUGCAGGUACCACAUUGUGGAAUCCGGGCGAGAGAUCGCAUCCAGAGAGAGCAACUCCAUCAGGAUUUCGGUUCUGCCUCCACCAGCUCCAGAGCUGUCCAUCAUCCCUCCAAGACAGACCUUUCUCCAGGGACAACGGAUCACGUUGAAAUGCUCCCACCCGGAAGGGCAGCUGGCAGCCAAGUUCUUCUUUUAUGAAAUGAAGGCAGAACGUGGGUGGACUAAACUCCAAGAACAGUUCGAUAAUACCCUGGAAAUCACUGCAGAAUUUCAGGAAAUAAAUAAAUCAUUUGUUUGUGCCUACAUGGAAGAAAGCAGUGCAAGACAACUCUCUGUCCAGAGUAACCGCAUUGAGUUUUCUAUCACGGUGAGGAAAGUUCUGCUAGUUCAUUAA